AUGACUUUACAUGAAAUUGACCACAAUUCGUCCUCAAAUCCACAGUUUACCAAGUCGAGUUACCACUCGCAGUUGUCCAAGUCGUUGUUUCGACAUUACAAUGAGUCAGCGCAAGCUUUGCAAAAGAGUGGAAGGCAAACGCCAGAUUUUCUUUAUCAAGAGCCAAAGCUAUUAAACCAACAAGACUAUGGGGAGUAUAAUCAAGACUAUGGCAGGAACAAUAGCGGCUAUUUUGUGGAUAGAGGCGCCAUAUCUGUUCCGUCAUCUCGCAUUGAGACUUUUUACACCGACAGGUCGAUAGAAGAAGAAGUCCACAAUCUUAUGCAAAAUUAUGGCGUCUUGCACGGUUACGACCAGAGUUUGGAUUCAGCUCCACCACUGCAGGGACAUGAUGAGUAUCAUCUGACAUCAAGUCACCAGCACCAGCAAAAUGCCAACCCUGUUUACCAAGACGAAGCACUGCAACGAGAUUAUCCAACCAAAGCAACACAGAACCAGCAGUACCAAAACGUCCUGGAGUAUAGUGACAAUUAUGGGCAACAGGAUCCUCCACUUAACCAGAAUCAAUUCCAGAUUUCACAACAUCAACAAGUACAUCAUGAGCACCUGAUGCUGGAGAAUCAUCAUCCACAGCAAAUCCCAUUCGAGCCUCAUUCCUUUCCAAGACAAGCUCAAAACCAGCAAUAUGAGAAUGUUCAAUCAUCGCUACCCUAUAGUCACUCUCACGGAUCCCAUAUUACGACAUCACAUGCGACACAGCAACAAAGUCCUCAUUUUCAGUCCGGAUUUCAAUACUCACCUUCGCAAGCACACAAUGAAGCUGCGCCCACGCAGAGUUAUUCACACAAUCCUCGACUAAACUUCCCUACUGAGGUUAGUCAAACCAACCAGCUACCGGGUACAUCAACCACCAAGGAGACGCCAUUUGAACCCAAGACCAAAGCUAAGCGGGGAAGACCCAGAAAAAAGCCAGGCUUCCAUUUGAAAUUGGAUGGAAUAAACAAGAAAGUGAACCUACCGAAUAGACUCGUCUCGUCAUCGCAAUCAGAUUCAGGAACUGAUUACUGGAAUAGGACGCCAAGUGGGAACAGCCACGGUCCACUGCGGCUCUCCAUGGCACUAACGCGUGAUGACUAUGAUGUUGGAAGAGAUUUGAGUUUGCAUGAAGGUAGCUUCCAUGGCACUGUUCCCGGAUUUGACUUGACGCCGUCUGUCGACCCACCAACAAAGGGCUAUUUUGAGUUGGACCAUACUCCUGGCAUUGAAACGGUUGCAAAUGGAGGAUUUUUUUCUCCGGCCACACGUCUAGAUGGUAGAGUGAAUGACUUCAAUCAAUCGUUUGAGACCUACUUAAAUAAGGCGGGUGAAUACAGCAAUACGCAAGGAGAAGAACUAGAUACCAACAUUAUAGGAUUCCCAAUCCCAGAGUUCCAAGAAGAUGAUGCUGGUGACGAGCAGCAGGUGCCAAUAAAGGGUGAAUUCACUCCUUUGGAAAUACCAGCUGAUUCUUAUGUAUCACAGAAUGAUUCAUCUUCAGGAAGAGCUUCAGGUGGUGAAGUUGACAACUAUUCGCAGUCCACGUACUCUGCAGAGGCGCCGCAGUUCAAUGUUGACCAGUAUAUAAACUCGGACGAGGAUCCAGAGGUGCACCCAACGGUGAACCAGGCACUUUCCAAUCAUAGCUCUCCUCAUAGUGCAGUCUCACUCGGCUCAGAUGGUCACAAAAAGGAUCCCACCACAGCAACUGCCAAGACAGCUACGAAAAAGAAAAGCAGCAAAGGAGCACGUUGUCCCGUUUGUGACAAGUUCAUUAGCCGUGAUUUGACCCGUCAUAUGCGAAUCCAUAACGAAGUUGGUCGGUUCCAGUGUGUGUACCCUAGAGAAAUGUGCAAUCACAAGACGCAAAAUUUCAAUCGACCCUAUGAUUACAAGAAGCAUUUGUUGCAUCUGCAUUUCAAAUUCGAUGAUGCAAGGGGUAAAACCGCGCAUACUUUGGGGGACAAGUUACCAAUGAGCGGCGAGUGUGUAGCUUGUGGGGCAAGAUACAUUGCUAGUGAAUGGUUGAGCGAGCAUGUUUUGACCCAAAAUGAUGAGCAGAGAUGUGCAUAUGUUGAUGCGACUAUUCUGAUUGAACAAUCUUGA